AUGUGCGGUUUUGGUUUCAUAGCUUACGGCUUUGAUUGCUGCCAUCGCUCAAUUGAUUUUCCACUAAUGCCAUCGAUUGGACAAACCGAAAUAAAAGUGAAAUGCAAAAUAUUAAAAACCUCACACACUCUCGCUGGCAUAUAUGGCGAACAUCAAAACAAAAAAUUUGUGAUGCGGCAUUACUUGUUAUAA